AUGACAAGUGGCAUUUGGGAUAAUUCCAGUUUAAAUUUAAAGCAUUUUCUUGAAGAGGGUUUCGGCGCUUAUUCAUUAAGGAACUUAAAAGAGAGCUUGAGCUUGGACAAGAAAUCAAAAAAACUCCUCAAAUACAUAUCUAACUCGAACAUUGAACUCAACUUUUGGUUAUUCGAGAAGAAUCGUUCACCUAAAUCGAAAUUGGCGAAAUAUCUCUUUGAAUAUGACAGAGAUGUGUUUUCGAUUAAAAAAGGGAAACUCGUGAUGAGGAGUCCUCAGUGGAAUAACAGUUCGUUAACUCUUUCAAGGUCAGUUUUAGAUAGAAACAUAAUAAUAAAGGAGAAACUAGCUGUGUCUAACGAUGUUAAGGGUUUGCUUGGCGAAGUUUUGGUCAAAUUAGAUCUCUCUUCAGGUCUUUCCAAAUAUCCGAAAGAGAAUUUAGGGCGGUUCAAGAUUGAAUCUUGUUUCUUAAAAGGUAGCAGAAUAAAAAAAAGGCCAACAAUUACUCCAAAGAUGGUCAACCGAUUGGAUAUCCAAAUAAAUGAGCUCAUUGACGAGACUAUUAUAUCCGAAGUACCUCUUUUUCAAGAUUUGGAUCUAAAAGCUUUAUUUCCAAAGAAAAACACUAAUCAUUUACAGAAUUAUAUGCUUCAUCUAAUAAGCCCUUGCGCUCAACUUAAAAAAAAGCGUAUUAUAUCAUGCUAUAACAAGGGACCUAAAUGGGUACAGACUCCGGAGACCUCUACUAGCCAACGUUUUAGGAAUCUCAGGUUCCGUUCUCAAGAUGAAGACUUCCAUGCUUUUGAGCUCUUCAAACUAGAGAGUCCCGUAGAAAAAUUAAAGAGAAGUAGAUUGCAUAGGUGUCAGAAAAAGAUAACCAAGGUUAAAUGGCGAGUCAGAGAAGAAGUUCUUCAACGUCUCAAUUGGAAUCCAUUUGAAGGCAUUGAAUUUCCUGAUAACUCAGACCUUGUAGAAACAAUUAAACAAGUUGAAUACAUGGUUAAACCCCCCACGGUAACUUUCAAAAGGCUCUACAGUUCUCGACUUGACCUUAUAACAGAAAUUCCCAUGAUUUUUGCACCGUUUGAACCAAUUGAGCAGUUCGAACAUGAAACAAGCCCAAAAUUAUCUUCCCCUGCACGAGAAGAGACAAUUGCUUCUUCUGGUACUAACUCCAGUAAUGAUGAGGUUACUGAUAUCGAGAAUGUGUCACACAAAAGAUUGAUUAAUCAAUCAAAAAGAUCUUUUAUAGAUGAUGAUUUGAUAAGUAUCAUCGCAGCAAAAAGAAAAAGGUUAAGUUCUAGUAAUUUGAAUUGCAUUAAUGCGACAGAAGAUUCAUUGAACUUGACAACAAGCACUAUCCUUUCCCCCAAAAUCUCUUUCGAAGUUGACGAAAUAUUCUUCGAAAGUGCCAGAAAGAAAACUGUCAUUUUCAAUUCCAUACAUCUUCACAAGAACCACCCUAUAAUUAGAUUCAUGAGCCAAAAUCACUUCUCUAUUCUUGAGUUAGAACUAGGCGAUGCUUGUGAUAUCUUGGUAGACACCUCAACGUGUAUUGUAAUAAGAGAUUUGCAAAUGGUUAGUCAAAAGAGGGACGAUAGCUUCCCGAUAAUAGAUUUAAUACAGACAUUAAAGCUAAAAUAUAAGAGAGUAUGCCUAUUACUUUCUUAUACAGAGAAUGUUCUCCAACUAGACCAAAAUCUCGCUUAUAAAUCCCAACUUUUGCUUAACAGCUGUUACGAAAUAAAUACCCACCUUAUCGAAGAACACAAUAUAAAAAUUAUAGCAGACUGGAUUUCCGUCUACUCUAGUCAGAGCAAUCCAACAGAACAACAAUUAGAUUCAAUAAGUCCUGCCAAAAAGUUGCUUCAAAGUUUCGACAUAAACCCAUUCGCUAUAGAAAAUAUUUUGACGCUGUCGUCGUUAGAUGCCUUUUUGUCCAUGAGUUAUGGAAAAAGAGCUUUAUUAUACGGAAAAUACCUAACAGAUUAUCAGCUCUCACGCAUAGAUGAGUUUGUAACAAUGAGCUGGAACUAA